AUGGCACUGAAGAAGGACGAACCCUCUUACAUGUACAGCGGACGGAAACACCAAAGGAAAACAUUUCAGAGGCUAACAGUUUUUCUCCAGGGUGUCAACAGCCUAAUAAGAAUUCAGAACAGAAUAAACUUGAUGACACUGAAGAAAGACGAAUCCUCUUGCAUGAACAGCGGAUGGAAAUGCCAAAGGAAAACAUAUCAGAGGCUAACAGUUUUUCUCCAGGGUGUCAACAGCCUAAUAAGAAUUCAAAACAGAAUAAACUUGAUGAAACGAAAGAAGAAACUGAUCUUCAUUCAGCAGACAGAAAUGUCAAACCAAUACCAUCUACAAAGUCAAAGCCUGCACCGGCACCGCCGAAAAAUUUUAUUAACAAGAAUGAUGAAACAAAAUUAGCUGAACAAGAACCAAAAACCGUUAAAGAUGGCAAAACACCUUCACCAACUCCUUCAAAGGAGCAUGCAAAUGAUUAAUGCUCAGACAUUAAGAUAAAUAUUGAUGUCUUCAUAAGGUCCAAGUGAAAAAAGUUUCUGCGAGAGGCUGAUUCAUAAGUUUAGAAGACAAAACAUGAAAAUGAAAGCAAAAUAUAUGUGAAGUAUUUUACAUUAUUUUCAUUGGAAUUGAU